CUGAAAAUUUUUCUUUUUCUGAAACUGUCCUGAUUGAGUUCUCUUCAAUUUGUAGGGUGGAACUGUUGUUAAAGGAUGAAAAUAAAGAAAUCAGACCACACGGUUGCUACUUCCAGUAAACGCAAGCUUGAAGAGAGUGAUGAAAAUGAAUCCUCAUCUGAAGAGGAGCAAGAGCUAGAACGUGAACUUGCUGAUUUCUCAUUUGAGGAGCUGCAGAAGGCACGCUCUAAUGGCUUUCAGUCCUUGUAUGAGAAACCCAAUCUUGAGAAGAAGGUUGGGCGAGCAAACAAGAACAGGCCGAUGGAGAUCAGCAGUAAGAAGCCUGUGAGUCGGUUUAGGGAGGUCAUUCAAGUUCCUAAAAAGGUCAUACGUGACCCAAGGUUUGAAUCAUUAAGUGGGACUCUUGAUGUAGAUGGGUUCAGGAAGAGAUAUAGUUUCUUAUAUGAGACUGAACUUCCUGCUGAGAGAGAGGAACUACAGAAGUUAAAAAAGAAAUCAAAUGAUCCAAAAGUUAUUGAAGAAUUAAAGAAUCGGAUUUCUUGGAUUGACAAAAAUCUGAGGACAGAAUCAGCAAAACAUAUAGAUGCUGGGAUUCUUGCUGAACAUAAGAAAAAAGAGAGAGAAGCAGCAAAGCAAGGAAAACACCCAUAUUAUCUCAAGAAAUCGGAAAUUCGGGAGCGGAGACUCGUCGAGAAAUACAACAAUCUCAAAGAGACAGGCAAGCUUGAAUCCUUUAUUGAGAAAAAGAGGAGGAAAAAUGCUUCGAAGGACCAUCGUUUCGUGCCAUAUCGGCGGUCCAACAACAAUGAGAAACACAAGUAAUGGUUUCAUCCAUCUCUUACUACUGAAGGAUCUUUUUUUGCCCCUUGUAGAAAUUAAAUGGUUUUGUUCCUCUUUAAUAUCUUUUCUUCCCAU